AUGCUCUCUGGUUUGCUUCCGAGCGCCCUUCAGUAUCUCAUCGCGUCGCUUGUCUGGUCGAAGGAGCCCCUGUCCGAGCCUUUCCACCCGCAGAGUCUCGCAUUCGAACUGCGGCAUGAGCACGGGCUGUCUUAUCAUGAUCGCGUGGUCUUCCGAGAUACAGUGUCAUCCGCCUUGACCCAACAGGACUUCACCCUAACGUCCAGUCGUGUCAAAGUCCACCGACCUGCCUCUGUGGCAGACUUUAUGAGCGCAAGGUUCAGACAGUCGAGUACGAUUCCGUGGGACGAGACGGAAGUCGAGGGGCCUGAUGUGACGAACCGGCAGACUCUACAGACCUUGGCUAAGAUGGCCGCAAAUGCAUACCAAGAGCCCACCGACAAAGAAUGGUACGACCUCGGCGCUGAAUGGAACAACAGCUAUCCCUUCGGAUGGGAACCAGACGCUGAUGGCUUCCGCGGCCACAUCUUUGCGACACCCGAUAAUUCGACGGUGGUCAUUUCUGUGAAAGGCACCUCCGCUGGGUGGUAUACAGGCGGCGGAGGCCCGACGACUCGGAAGGACAAGCUCAACGAUAAUCUUCUGUUCUCCUGCUGCUGCGCGCGAGUCGGCCCGACUUGGUCGACCGUGUGCGGGUGCUAUGAAGGCAAUUAUAAGUGUGACCAAGGCUGCUUGGAGAAGAGCCUGGCAGAGGAUAGUUUGUUUUACUCUGUGGGAGUUAAUUUGUACAACAACGUAACGUAUAUGUAUCCUAACUCUAAUAUUUGGCUGGUUGGCCACUCUCUGGGAGGCUCGCUCGGGUCGCUUGUUGGUGUCACAUUCGGUGUCCCCGCAGUUGCGUUUGAGGCUCCAGGUGACAAGCUCGCCGCCAAACGGCUUCACUUGCCUUCUCCUCCUUCGACGCAACACGUCACGCACGUCUAUCACACGGCCGAUCCUAUUCCUCAAGGUACUUGUACAGGUGUAAGAUCCGUUUGCGCCAUUGCGGGCUUUGCGCUCGAGACCGGAUGCCACAUAGGCAAGGUCAUCCGCUAUGACACCGUCUCAAAGCUGGGCUGGUCAGUCGACGCGCGAACACAUGGCAUCCAUGUCAUAGUCGACAGACUGCUAGCCGAGGAUUGGGACAACGAGGACAGUGGUAUCAACAUGACGAUCCCGGGGUUCUACGAAGAAGAAGAUUGUGUGGAUUGCCACAAUUGGGAGUUUGGCGACUUCCGUAACGCGUCGGUGGCCAUGUGCGCGUCGAUUCCUUGA